GGAAAAUCUGAGGCUGUGCCUUGAGUGCGCUGAUUUUCGACGCAGGCAACCAACCCUUCUCAGUGCAAAAUCUUUCAAAAUACCUACUCGCAAUAGCAAGAGUGGCAAGCCGAGACAAAACACCACAACAAAUCUCGCAGAACGCAUCUCGUCGGGCAUGGAUACGUCUGACACAGACUCUAGGAGCGCCUCAAGUGAUGGCUCAGAGUUGGAUUACAUCGCCAAGUCAGAGCCCGAAAAUGCUGAAAGCGAUCUUUUCGUUGACUCAACCAUUUCUCGCGAUGACACGCGGGGGAAAGAUCACAAAGAGAAAGCCAUGCUAGAGAGCCUGGCCGAUAAGCUCCACUCUGGUUCUCUCUCGCUCAAGAAUGUCGGAGAUGGAGGACAAUUUGCCAACCGAACUGGUCGAGCUCAGCCUGCUCCUCCUCCUCUUCCGGGCCCAAAUAUCGGAAGGGGGCGAGGCUUGCAGGAUUUCGAUGAUUCUGGCCGGCCGAUGCAUCGCCUACCACCCAAUUUUAUUCGCAACGAUGGUCCUACACAAUAUAACUCGAUUCCCAUGCCCUAUCCACAAAACCAUUUCAGACCGCCAAUUCCCGGCAUGCAAAGGGCUGGACUUCCGCCACCACCUGGAAUGCCCGUGAAGGUUGAUAGACAUGCAGAAUGGAGGCAGAGGACACCCCACAGCAAAGCGCACGGCGGCCCAAGUGUCGAAGGGUCGCAAGAAGCCCAGAUGGUUUCAUCUCAACCUCAGAGGGCGGCGGCCGAAUACAAAAAUGGCCUUGAAGCCAUUCAGUCAGCUGGAGAUGACAGCCGCGACAAUGCUAAUGACAAGGUAUCUGGAACUGAGACGUGGGAGACUCCCAGCGAAGAUCUACUCCCACCAAAUCUCGGGCUCGCAGGUUCACUCAAUUAUGUUGCCGACAGAUAUUUCGGUGUGGAUGUUCUGAACCAGUCGACCGAGAUCGCCCAAUUCACUGGCUUUCUGCUCGACACCAUAGAGCGUCUCGACAAGCAGCUUACUUACUUCCGUGCUCCCGACGGCUACGGUUCCAUGUCUGAAGACGAAGAUGAAGUGGAAGAAGAAAAAGAAGCAGCAGCGCUCCCACGCUCGCAGGUUCUUCACAAAUUCUUUUGCAAUAAUUCCCAGCAUAAGCACUUUGGCAUAAUUUACGAGGAUGAGCCUAGAUAUGGCAGCAAGGACCCCACAGGCAAAGUCCCUAUCUACAACAUACAUGCAUAUCUUGCUCAGCAUUCGUCGAUUUGUUUCAUCGUGUUCAAGGGGCACAGCUGUACAGUGCAAAAGAACAACAAGGAUCUUGACUUGGACUUCAUGAACCCGGAACCAACGGCCUCAGAGAACUUGGAUCGACUACGCAUCAUCUCACCUUUACUACAAAAGGCAUUAGAGACAGUUGCACAAUUCAGGCUCAAAAAGGAAAAUGAGGUCGUGGAGAUGAGUGCGCCCUACAACUUUCUAUUCCACCACCGCAAGCGACUCACGGUACUGUUUGAGGAGUCUGAUACCUACAAAGCCGUGCUUGCACCUUUGCUGGAGUUUUUAGACAAGAACUACAAGGAGGAAUAUGAAUCCGCUGAGGCGCUCUUCCAGCGGGGCAUGGUGUCGGCCCGACAUAUUGGCAAGCUGUUCAAGCCAAACCAAAUGGUGCUAUCAAAGUCGCAGGGCACUGACGGCCUCAAGGCCUUCGUGCUCCUGGACUACCCAGAUCGUGGACGGAAAGGUGACUCAAAGAGGAUGGGUUUGCGUGGCUGGUCAUGGCGUUACAACGGCACUGAGCUGCUAAGGGACGAGAAGAUGGAGAUCAUUGACCGACCCUCGGAUGAUGAGACGGCCAUUACGGAUCUCGAUGUGCACCCGGUUGAGUUUGCACACCAGAGCGACAUUGAACAACUUCAACGUCGCGGACAGAAGUUUUGGGAUCACAAAGCUCAGGUCCUCGUCAACUAUACGGGAUGGGAUAAAAACAGGGAGCACUAUUAUGUCGACAGUCGGUUCAUGGUCGAUAUACGGACCUACGAAAAGAUGCACUUCGACGCCAGCCACCACGAUUCUCGCCCAGAUAGGCCUUCCAAAUUUGAUCCCUGGCCCCUGAAUAAGACUCAACAUGACGACCUGUCAAAGGAAUUGAUGAUGCUCCUCCCGUCAACAACAUUCGGAUUUAAUAUGCGAGAAAAGAAGUGGGUUAGCCUCCACGUCAAGGACAUCCGCGCGAUAAAAUGGAACAAGAUGGCGUUCGAACGCCUGGUUCUUGAUGAGAACAAAAAGCAGCUGAUCCACGCACUUGUGGACGUACACACAUCAGUCAAGAAAAUGGACGACAUCAUUGCUGGAAAGGGAAACGGUCUGAUUAUUCUUCUACAUGGCAGCCCGGGAACAGGAAAGACCUUGACGGCAGAAAGUGUCGCGGAAAUUGCUGCGAAGCCACUAUAUCGGGUGACAUGUGGCGAUAUAGGUACAGAACCUUCUAGCGUCGAAAGGUACUUAGAGACAGUCAUGUAUUUGGGUAAAAUCUGGGAUUGUGUUCUCCUGUUAGAUGAAGCCGAUGUCUUUUUGGAAGAGAGAACAACGGCAGAUCUACAAAGGAAUAGUCUGGUCUCAAUCUUCCUCCGUGUGCUCGAAUACCACGACGGGAUCCUGAUUCUGACGUCCAACCGAGUUGGCACCUUCGACGAAGCCUUCAAGUCUCGCAUCCAGGUAGCAAUCCACUACAACAACCUGACAAAGCGCUCUCGCAAGCAGAUCUGGAGGAACUUCCUUGACAUGAUCGAGGAUGCGGGUGAAGAUGCCAACAUUCCCGAGUUCGAACGCCGAUUGGAUGAGCUGGCUGCCGAGGAGAUGAACGGCCGGCAAAUUCGGAACACCCUGCUAACCGCGCGGCAACUGGCCAAGCACCGCAAGGAGACGCUUGAUUGGGAGCAUUUGGAUCAAGCCAUGAAGACUAGUUCGGCUUUCAACAAGUAUCUAAGGACGUUGAGGGGGCACAGUGACGAACAGUGGGCAAAGGAGGAAGGGAUUCGAUUGUGAAAUAUGAUACUUCUUCGUUCUUUCAGAUUACACACUAUGCAUCACCACAAACCCACCGCAAUCAACCGCUAGUUUCAUUGUACAGAUACUUGUACUCGUGUUCACAUAAUUCGUAGCCACUCAUAUUAUG